AGCUCCCACAGCGCUGCGAGCGCGAGGCCCACGCGGGCGCCGCUCGGGAAAAGGCGCCAGCUGCGCUCCGCCUGGUGGUGGAACUUCGGCCCAUCGCGCCCCGCUGAUCGCGAGAUGGACCGGCGCCGCGCCUCCGCGGCGGCGGCGCGCCCUGCGCCCGACCCGGCGGCGCGCGCGCUGCUGGCCAGCUGCUACCAGGCCGUUGGGCAGCGGCAGGCGUGCGAGGAGCACGCCGCGGCCGCGAGGAUCCAGGCCGUGCACCGCGGGAACCAAGCGCGCAGCCGCUCGCCCCAGCGCGCCCAGCUGGACGCCGAGGUGGAGGACCUCGACCCCUUCGCGCGCGACGCCCUGCGGCUCCUGAGGAGCUACCCGGACCUCCGGGCGGAGCGCGCUCGAGAGGCGGAGGAGGCCCGACAUGCUCUCCUCGCGCGCGCUGCCAAGGAGGCUCCCGCGGCGGCUCCGGCGCCCCCGCAGCGGGCCCCGCCGGAGGAGCCCUCGGCGCCCAGGAGGGCGGAGGUCGAGCUGGCGACGCACCGCUUCACGCAGGCGCUCCGGGAGCAGCACGAGGUCUGGGUGUCUGCCAGGGAGGAGCUGGUCCGAUCCAGCCUGCAGAUGCGCCACCAGGAGGUUGACGCCGCCAGGCGCGAGUUCGCGGACCCCGAGCUCGGCAGCUGGCUGCGCCAGCACGCCGAGGAGCACCUGUCGAGGCUCCGCCGGGACGGCAGGGAGGGCGCGCCGCACGAGGCGGCCUCCAAGGACGAGGGUGACGCCAGCGAGAUUUGCAGCAAGGUGUUGCCGCACCUGCGCCAGGAGUGGCGCGCGGGUCAGCGCGCCCUGCUGCAGCAGAUUUCCAAGGAGUUGCGCACGGAGCGCGAGGCGGCGCGAAAGGCGCUGGAGGCCCAGGUGCUCCACGCGGAGAAGGUCGCCGAGGCCUCGCGCGAAUGCUGGGCCGGGGAGCUGCGUGUGGCCGCGCAGGAGCUGGAGCGGCUGGAGCGGUGCUUCCAGGAGGGUCUGGAGGCCGCCUGCUCCGCGGAGCUGCGCGCGGUGCAGAAGCACACCGCGGACCAGGCCGCCUUCUUCCAGCGGGAGCUCCGGGAGGCGCUGCAGACGCUGCAGGAGCAGCAGGCGGGCCCCGCGUCGCAGCUGCGCAGGGCGAGGCUGGCGAUGCUCAAGUGGCGGCAGGACUACAUCCGCGACGCCAGGAGCAAGGCGCGCGUGGCCGUGCAGCUGCGGCGCGCAGCCGCGAAGGCCCAGGACGCGGCGGCCGAGCUGAGGGCGCGCGGCGCGAGCCUCCAGUGCGCGCCCGGCGACCACGUGGCGGUGCUCCGCGACAGGAGCUGGCGCGCCGGCGUCGUGACGGAGGCGGACGAGGACGGGUCGCUGCGCGUCGAGUGGGAGGAGGGCACGCCGCGCAGCGCGGCGUCGAGCGCUGCGGCGGCGAGCGGCCCGCGGGCGUCCAUCGUCGACCCCUCCGAGGAGGUGCGGGUGGUCAUCGAGGACGGCGCAGAGCGCGUGGAGUUCUUCAACGUGUUCCCUGGCGAGCGGGCCGGCAAGAAGGUGACGAUCCGCGUGAGGAGCGACACGGGGCCCUCUGGGCUGCCCCACCCCAAAAGUCAGGAAGGCCUGGAGGUGGUCGUCGACGACCAGGGGCGCCCGAGCCUCGUGGAGCCGCUGCGGCACGUCGGCUACGACCCCGCGACGCGGGACCUGACCCUGACGUUCCUCCGCAGGCACGGCGCCGUCACCGCCCGCAUCCCGGCCGGGGAGGACGCCCUGGUGGUGCCGAGGGUGAAGUGGAUGGCAUCGCUGGUCGGGGUGCCCGUGGAGGGCGUGGCCAAGGGGUACCCGGAGCUGCACGACGACUUGCAGAGGGUCGAGUUCUGCCGGGAGCUCCUCGGCGAGGUCUGGCAGAGGCUGCCCGUCGCCGAGGAGGAGCGGCGGGCCUUCCUGCUGCGGCUGGCCCGGAGGGUGCCGUGCGCCGGCGAGGUGCAGCGCCUCAACGAGGAGUACCUCGCGGAGCACGGCGUGCUGGGCGCGCUCCCGGCCCGCGGAGGCGCGCCCUGUGGCGCCGCGUGACGCCGCCGCAGGCCGCCCGCAGCCCGGCCGCCCGCAGCGGUCGGAGGUAGGGCUCGAGGCUCGAGAGGCGAAGGCGCUGCCGGGGCGGGCUCCUCGCCCAAACUGCCACCGGACCGAGGUCCACGAAUGCCAUGCCGUUCUCCUUCUCUCGUUUCCCACCCCUUCGGCUGAUUAUGUUGAUCGUCGUAGGCACCGACCCGUGAGUCGUGCAGCGUGCGUCCAAGCGAACGCACGUUGCCCCGCAGGACAGGGCAGCAGUCUCUGCGUCGCGGCCCUUGGAGAAAAGCUCUGUGCCCGCCGCCGGCCCCGGCGUGCGACGCCCUGGUGUCUUUCUCGUUGCUGUCGCGCGGCGCUCCCGAGGCCCGGCGCGAGGGCCCCCCGAGGCCGAAGUGGGCCGAGGGCCUCCCGCGCCUCUUGAGCUCGCAGCGGCGCGGGCACGCCGGGGGAGGCGGGCUGCGCCUGGGGCUGAGUGGGGCCUGUCCCCUCCUCCUCCUCCUCCUCCUCCUCCUCC